CUGAGUUCCGACUCCAUCAGUAGCAGUUCACUUGCCGCCCAGCAUUCGCGAUGAAGAAGUCGAAAGCCUACACUCUAGAGGCCCCUGAUGGCGGCUGGGGAAUCCUCGUCUGCAUUGGCAUGGCCCUGCCCUUUACGAGUGCUCUGGCGGCUUUGCCAUCUUUUGGCCUGGUCUUUGGCGACUUCCUGAAGAGCAUCGGGGCGGAGACCAGCGCCAUGGCCAUCAUUACCAGCGCCUUCUUCUCGUCAAUGAGCUUCGCCGGCUUGUUCUCCGGCUCCCUGUUCCAGCGAUUCGGAAUGCGCCAGGUGGGCGUUACGGGGGGCAUUUUGUACUUCGUGGGCACCGGACUUCAGUUGUUCGCCACCUCCACGUUUCACCUGCUCAUAGCCUUCAGCCUGGUCCAGGGAUUCGCCUUCGGACUGAUGGUGCCCACCUGCUAUACGACCUUCAACCAUUACUUCGUCAAGAACAGGGUGUUGUGGAUGAGCUUUGCCCAGACCUUGAUCGGUUUGGGAGCCAUGCUGUAUCCGAUUGUCAUGCAAAAGUUGAUGCAUUGGUAUGGCUUCCGGGGCUGUCUGCUCAUCCUCACGGGACUGAAUGCACAUGCCAUACUGGGGAUGCUAGUGAUGCAUCCAGUGGAGUGGCACAUGCGUCGCGUGCCCAUCGAGGAGGAGGAGCAAGAGCUCAAGGAGCUGAGGGACCAGCAUCAGCCGGUGAAGCCAACGGUGGUGGUAAGAGUGCAGCCGGAAACCCCCUUAAAGGCUCCCAAGGAGGAGCCCAACUUCCAUGCCGGUGAUCCUGCAUCGCGGAGACUAUCCCACGCCGAGGAGCACAUGCUGCGCGUCCACUGCAGCCGGGCUUCGAGCAUCACCAGCCUGGGCAAUUGGUCCGGACCCGUAGUGGUCAGCGAUGCCUCUCCCCAGAUGAUGCACAGCCUGCAGGCCUCCCGGCGCCAGAGUAUGGUUGUCGGUGGAGCAGUUGGAGGAGCAGCUGGAGGAUCUGUGACCCAGGAUGAUGCACCAAAGAAAGGCUGGGUGCGCACCAUUGUCGAUUUCCUCGACCUCACGCUGCUCAAGAAGCCCAUCUACGUGAACAUCGUGCUGGGGAUCACCUUCGCACUCUACUCCGACAUCACGUUCUUCACCAUGCAGCCAGUCUACCUCUUUGAACUGGGCUACAGCAGGCCCGAUACUGCCACCAUUAUAGCUAUUGGAGCAGCCGCAGACUUGUCAUCUCGUAUUUUUCUGGCCAUCACAGCUGUGUGCAUCCAAGUUCCCUCCCGAUACAUUUAUUUGGCCGGAGCCGUUUUAACGGUCUUUGCUAGAUUUGUUUUCAAUGGAAUCACAGAGUUUACGGGUAUGGCCUACAUUACGGCCGUGAUUGGAUUUCUUCGCACCUGGCUCCACGUUCCAUUACCCUUGGUAUUUGCCGACUACUUGUCCAAAGAGAGGUUCGCUACUGGCUAUGGCUUGUUCAUGUUCACCCAAGGCAAUGCCAUGUUCCUCAUUGGCCCCAUUGUUGGAAUCAUACGCGACAAGACCAAGGACUAUAUUCUGGUGUUCCACAUCCUCAAUGGCUUCAUGAUCCUUUGCGCCGUUCCCUGGGUCAUUGAAGUGCUUAUAGUUAAAUUCCGGAGGCGCAACAAGAUAGAACGCAACAAUGUGGAUCACGAGGAAGUGGAGAACCAAGGACGCAGUGCAAUGGUCCAUUAAAAUUGUAUAAGUUCUUAGGAAAAUGUAACAUCUGUCAACUCUUUAAAUGAAAAUAAAAUAUAAUCGAACUAAAUUUUU